UUCAUUUGUUCAUGACACGCACAGAGGCAGAAUCCCGCAUCAGUAUUUGCCGAUGGAUAAGAUAACGUUUUUCGCAGUUCUGGUAACGAUUGGUGUUGGAGCUGCCAUGACGCCUACACCAGCGUUCGCCUUUAAAACCGUGUCACCAAAGACUGUCACAACUAAAGUUGUUAAAACUGUGUUCGCCUUUAAAACCGUGUCACCAAAGACUGUCACAACUAAAGUUGUUAAAACUGCAGUUUCGUCAAACAACGGCUCAAAGUUUAUCAACCUCUCGCCUUGCCCGGCGUCAAACGUCAGUUCAGCAGAAGACAUCACGUACCGUCCACCCUCGGAGAAUAUUAAUGUGGAUUUUGUCCUGCAAUCUGGAAACACGGAACUAUUUGACCAUUCCAAGAUGGCGGCGGGUCUCGGGAGGUGCGCCCGUCAGUGCACCGAGUCCACAACCUGUGUAUCGUUUGCCUUCAGUCACAAAGGAUCCUGCUAUGCUGGAGCCCAAUGCGACCCUGGACAGUUACCGGAAACAGUGUUGUAUUAUGAAAUGAGCGUGUUCCGUUGACAUUACUGUUCUUUUUAACACAUGUCCAAUAUACGAGGUUGUGCCUCUUAGCUUUCUUCGCGGUUGGUGUGAUAACUCCCUGUUUGGACCAGGACCAUAUUUUCAGGUGCACAAUUGACUUUCCUUUGCCCAUGUGAUGGUGAUUCGUAAACACGUGGUUACGGUAUAGGCGUUCAAUGGACUCUUGCUUUUAUUAGAUAAUUCCCAUGGUUAUGAAAAGGGUUUUGUCGCUUUUAUUAACAUGUCUUUGUUCUGAAUAAACAUUUCUUAUCGGA